AUACUGAUCAAACAAGAAAACCUUUUCUUGGUGCAGAAGAAAGGGCCAGUGUCCUUCCUCUCUACAGACCAUACAGUAGGAAUCCAGCAGGUCGAGUAAAAUGCCAAAACACUGUUCAACUUUUUCCCUCCACAAUUAGAUUCUUUUAUCCCUUUUCUCUAAAACAAUCAUUUCCCUCCCACUUUAUUCCUUUCCCCUCCACCCUUUAUUUACCCCUUCAAUCCACCUAAACCCCUUGAACAAGCAAAAAUGACAACAUUUCCAAUACAUACAGUUCUCUUCUGUUGCAUUCAUUUCCUUAUUCACUUCUCACUUCACACUCACUCCCAGAAGCUCUGCCCAAACUGUGGUCCCAUCCAAGUCCCCUACCCUCUGAGCACUAACCCCAACUGCGGCGACCCAAGGUACACCCUACGUUGCGACUCGAGCUCUCAUGCGCUCUACCUCGAUGCCUUGAACAGUAGCUCAUACCUUGUGCUCCGAAUCAUAGCAUCCAUCCAGCGGUUGGUGGUGCAGCCAUCGCCAUUUGUGGUCGAUGGGCAGAAGAAGGACGAGUGCAUCACCCGGGACAUGCUUGUCAGUGAAGGUUUAAGGCUGAACCAGACGCUGCCAUUUAAUGUCACUUCAUCAAACACUGUGUUCUUGUUCAAUUGUUCUCCAAGGCUGCUCAACUCUCCCUUGAACUGCACUCCUGCCAGCCUAUGCCACGCAUACCUCGAGAUGUCUGGACACGUGGACGGGCAGAGAGCCGUUCGUUGUGCCAAUGUUCUUGACCCUUGCUGCACUUUUGUGGCAGGAGGGAUGCCCUCAGCUUACAGGAUCCGCCUUCAUAGUUCAGGUUGCAAAGCGUUUCGAAGCAUCAUUCAUCUGAACCCUGACACCCCUCCUUCUCAAUGGGAAGAAGGGUUGGAGAUUCAAUGGGCUCCACCACCCGAGCCACCUUGCAAAACACAAAAGGACUGCUACGGAGCUUCCAAAUGCUCACCACCAUCAACCAAAGAUGAACCCUCUCGCUGCCUCUGCAACAAAGGCCACCAGUGGGAUAGUAUCCAUGGGACUUGCACGAAGAAGGUGAACCGUAGGGUUGCCUUCAUGUUAAAGCUCUCACUCGGCAUGAUCCCUUUCAUCUCCAUUGCUCUAAUAACAGCUGCAGCUCUCUUCUACAAGUCGAAGAUGCAACGAGCCAGGCUUGCGAGGGCGAGGCAAGACAUGUUCAUAAGGUCAAGCAAUGGUGGCGCUGGUGGGAAGACAGCCAGGAUGUUCCAGCUGAAAGAGCUGAAGAAGGCAACCAACAACUUCUCCCCAGACAAUUUCUUAGGAAGUGGAGGGUUUGGUGAAGUCUACAAAGGGGAGCUCCCAAAUGGAACCGUUGUGGCUGUGAAAUCAGCCAAAGUUGGCAACAUCAAGAGCACCCAACAAGUCCUCAACGAGGUAGGAAUCCUGUCCCAAGUCAACCACAGGAACCUCGUACGCCUCCUUGGCUGCUGUGUCGAAUCGGAGCAGCCAUUGAUGGUCUACGAAUACAUCUCGAAUGGGACACUCCAUGACCAUCUCCAAGGCAAUGAGGGAAGGUUCAAAUCCGCGACCUUCCUGGAUUGGACAACCAGGCUGAGAAUUGCUCUUCAAACUGCUGAAGCUUUGGCAUACUUACACUCCGAUACUCACAGUCCGAUCUACCACAGGGAUGUGAAGUCCACAAACAUACUUCUGGACGACGAGUUCAAUGCCAAAGUCUCCGACUUCGGACUCUCCAGGCUGGCACGGCCAGGGCUGAGCCACGUGUCGACUUGCGCGCAGGGCACUCUGGGUUACUUGGACCCGGAGUACUACAGAAACUACCAGCUGAACGACAAGAGCGAUGUCUACAGCUUCGGAGUCGUGCUGCUCGAGCUUCUGACUUCUCAGAAGGCCAUCGACUUCUCCAGAGACCAGGAUGACGUGAACUUGGCGAUCUAUGUGAUCCACCACAGUGGAAAUGAUGAACUGAACAUGGAGGUUGUGGAUCAACGGCUCUUUGGAAGCAGAGGAUUGAACGACGUGGUAUCAUCCAUGAAAGGAAGUAUGGUGCUCUUCUUGAAGCUGGCUUUUGCUUGUAUACAAGAGAAGAAAGUUGACAGGCCUAGCAUGAAGGAGGUUGUUCAGGAGCUGGAGAGGAUUGUUGGAAUGGUUGAUGAGGGAAAAGGGUUGUCGCCAUGAUGUUGGAGUUGAGUGUUCAAAGAGAGAAAGAUCCAUUAAUGAGACCUUAAAUAUUCCCCAUUAGCUCCUAAUUCCUAAAGUAAUUAGGAAGGGCGGAAAAUGUUCCCAUAAGAUAGCUAAAAGAAUGCAAGAUUAGAGUCUAGAUAACAUAUGGUUGGGAUCAAGUGCCGAGUCCCUUGGUAGAGUUGUUUUCAUCCUAGUUGAAACAAAUAUCAUGUAAUAAUUUGAAGUGUUUAUGACCAAUUGUGAUAUGGUUGCAUAUAUUGAAAGAUUCAACAAAAGAGAAUAAAUCAAUUUCUAUAUUAGUGAAAGAAUAUGUAAAGUUAUAACAUUUCUAGGUAUAAUCGUGUUAUGAUAACAUUAUUUUUCAAUGAUUUUAUUAUUAAAAUUUCAAUAUCUUGAUAUAUCGAAGAAUAAAGAUAUGGGUAUAACUUGAAAUAAACCGAGAUCAUCAUCGUCCAAAUCAAGUAUAUCUCCGCACUUCCUCUAUGCUUUUGGGAAUGGUGGCCAAAGAAGGAAAUGUCACCAUCCUUUCAAUGGGUGAGCCACCAUGCAUAUACCCCCACAAGAUGAUUCCAAUUUCCAUGGGAGUGAGUGGGUGGAAAGGGUGGAGAAAGGAGCAAAGACAUUGGAAGGAUUAGAUGCUCCCUAUCUUCCAAUGAUUUUCUAUGUUGAUAGAUGGUAUAUUUGGUAAGUGAUCCACAAUGAGAUUGUAGGGUAGUGGGAAUUCCCUAGGAUAUGUGAAAGUAACACUUAAUUUCUAGCCAAUUGGUUGAAUUAUCAAUAUAAGGAAAUAUACGAUUUAUUAGUAAAAUGUUUUGAAUGAC